AUGACAGCUACUCUCAACCAAGCACUGAAAGACCCGGGACUUGAAAAUAUGCCAUUGGUGUUGCCAAACACUACCAGGUUCUUAUCCUUUCAUGUGGCCUGUCACUUUCUUUCACCUUUCUUUUAUGCUAUGCUCUUCCAAACAUUGAAAACUAGCUUUCUUCGUGCACGUCUGAAUGCACCUUCAAGGGCUUUCCACGUUCGUCUCUAUGGUACGCAAAAUUCAUUGAAAUCAGCCUUAGACAAGAAAUCGAUUCAGUUCACAAGCAAACAACUAAGACAAGCAUUGGAGCAGAAAGACGUUGUAUUCUAUCAAGCACCAGCAGGCGUUGGACGUACGUUUAUGUGGAUGUAUAUAUCAGCUGGUGUGCAAUUGAUGUUUUGGGGUAACUUGGCAAGUCUGGCCUAUGUAGCCUACACAGUCAAGGACGGAGAAGAAGAAGAUGCACCCGUUGUACUUGCACCACAAGGCACGCGUAUGGCAGUUGCAGGAGGAUUGGUUACAGUAGGCGUUGCUAUUGCGUCUUUGAUGUGUUUGUACCCCUGGAGAUAUGUGGAUAAACUCAUCUUGUUGAAGGGAGCCAGCGCAGUCAGAUUGGUAACUCAUGCCCGUGUCUUGAAAUCACACAAGUACAGAGAAUACCCUAUUGAGCAACUUUACUGCAAGCAAAAAGUGUUUACUGGUGUAGGCAAGCAUGGCACAGACGCAGUGGGCACCAAGGCAAAUUCAUCUCACAUCUUUUUGGGUGCCAAGGGAGAGAAGAUGGCUUACAUGCUGGAUAGAAAGGGCUCUUUUAUGGAUAGUAAAUUGUUUGAUGGAUUAUGGUUUAAUGCGCAUGGAAAAUAA